AACCCCUCGCGAAUGGAAGCCUUUUCGAACUGAGGCGCUGGUCAAACACAAUGAACGUGACACCACUAAGCACAUAGCAUAUACCACUAAAGCACAGUUAACUCUAUUUUUUUUCGCUGAAGUUGAAAAUUAAAUUUCACGCUAGUUGAAUAAAAGAUUGUCGAAAGGCUGCAAGCGUUGCAUGAAAACGUAUUGGAAAUGUGCAACGAAGUGAAAUUCCAGCGAUUUUCAGCACGAAAACGUGUGCGAUUGUAAUGAAAUUCGGUUUGAAAACGUCUAACUUUUUUCCACAUCUACUCACUGUAGCGAGUGUGUUGUAGCGUGUAGCGCAGGCAUAUCAGGCACAAUAUUGCAAUACUUUUGUGCUGGAAUUUUCGAAAUAACCAAAAAUGUGAAAUGUGAAUGUGAAAAGUGAAUUGUAUACUGUUACAGCGAAAAGUAAUGAAAUUAAGUAGCUAAAACGAACUUAAUUUCAACAAAAAAAAAGCUUGAAAAAAGUUGCGCAGAAAAUACCGAAUAUAUGUAGUAUGUGUUUGUGAAGCAUGGAAGAAAGCCAUUAAUUUUCGAAAUAAAUAUCUUUCGGCAGUGCUGUGAAUACAUAUGAAAAUUUAUGUGCGGAAAUUUUGCUGGAGCAUUGAAUUUUUCGCCCGGUACAUAUACUAAAAUAACAAAACAUUACGUGUCAAUAAAUGGUUAUAAAUCAACUAAAAACACAUAUCGGUUUAUAUAAUAACAAAAUAAGUGAAAAUUAAUGCAAUAUCACAAACCUAUGCAAGCAAUUAAGAAAAAAUUAAAAAAAUUACGCUGAAUACUCGUUGAAAAUAUGGAUAAAAAGUGUGUGUGUCAAAUGCUGACAACUAAUUGUGUACAAUAACAGUUCAAGGCUUACAGCAUGGCGAGCAGGUGUGCGUAAAUUACAGCGCAGUGAAUGAAAGCGUGAGUGUGAAAAUUAUUAGAGAAACAUAUAAAGCAUAUAAGCUUAUACGCACAGUUGAAGGCGUUAAAUAAAAAAAUUACCUUGAAAAACGCAGUGGAAAAUACAUUAAAACCGCACAAGUGCAACAACAACAAGAACAAAAACAAACAGCAACCACAACGCCACCCGCUGCGCAGCUAAAUAUGAAAAUUACACAGUUCACUCGUUCAGAUUUUUCGCUAGUUUGCUGCAUAUGAAUGGUCGCGCACACAUCCGCAGACACUCGCGUUCACACACUCGUACAUUUACGCAUUACGUAUACGCACCGGUGAGCGCGACAUUGCAGUGUGGGCCAGUGCGUGUCGAGUGACACAAAGGUAGAUAAUAAACAUUGAGAACAAUAUAAAAACAAUCAAAUAAACAAAAGCCCAAUAAAAAUACAAUAAAAAUAGCCAACAACAACAACAACAAAAAGCAACAGCUAACUAAUUAUAGCCAUUCAUGUGUGUUGGUGUAGUGUUAUAUAAUGACAACAAAGUGCAAUAACAACAACAAGUAUAAUACAAAGCUAAACCAACGUUAAAUUGAAAGCAAACACAACGACAACAACAGCAACAAUUGGCCGUUAAAAGGCACAACAAAUCAUUAUCAUCAGCAACAGCCUACUUGCACGCUGGGUGUCCAAAAAGCCUAUACUACACAUGUAUACAAAGCUACAAAAGCAACAAUAGACGACCGUAAAUAAAGCGUCAAAAGCAAUUUGCUAAAACUAUAAAAAGCGCAAAUCGCGAAAGCGCCAAAACAAAUAUAAAAAACCUAGUGUUGUCGCGCACAUAUUUAAAUUAUCAAAAACAAAAACAAGAAGAGUGGCAGAAGUUACACUCACAAGUAAACAAAUAAACACUUUCGCAGAAGCCGCGACACGCGACGCCACGUCAUAAUGGAGCGCAAGCAUUUGGGCGCUUUGGCGCUUUGCCUGUUUGUUUUGCUAUUUAAACUGAAUAUUUUUGCUGUGGUCGCCGAUCAGGAUGAGGAUAUACCACAUAAUGAAGUGCGAAACUGGGCGCUUAAAUUUGGUGUGGAUCUUUGGGAGUUCGGGCGACAGUUUACAAAAAUGAAUGAAAUCAAAAAUCGUUUUAAGGACAAUGACAUCGAAGUGAAGCGAAAGGAUGGCAUCAUGUUGCUGCGCGAAUUAGCAGCUGAGGUGAAGAAUUUCAUGGAUUUCAAACGCAAUGCUGUGAUGCGCAUUAUGGAUUCCGCUGAGCAGGCCGCUCUCUCCGAGUUAGAAUCACAGAACUCUCAUAGUACUUCCGCGACGAUAAACAAUCAACACUACGAUGCGCGUCGCAUCAACGAAUACAAUUCGGAUGGUAAAUUGGCGGAUGGCGCACGACAUAUGGAUAUACGUUUUAUGCGUCGUUUCGAGCGUUUACCCGUCAAUCUCAGUCUCAGCUCGAUACUAGUGCCAAAUGCAGUCUCACUCGAUGAACCCGAUGUAAAGUCUGCACUACAGUGGAGCGCACACCUCGAUCCACUCUUUCAAAACAAUCUCGAACGUGAUCCUGCACUCUCGUGGCAGUAUUUCGGCUCGUCAACAGGUUUCUUACGUCGUUUCCCCGGCACUGCUUGGCCACCUGAGGGUUCGAAAGGCAGCAAACAAAUACACGACUUCCGCGCGCAGAAUUGGUUCGUGCAAGCCGCUUCGUCACCGAAGGAUAUUAUGAUCUUAUUGGAUUCUUCGUCGAGCAUGUCGGACAAAUCUUUUGAACUUGCCAUGGCUACGGCUUUUAAUAUAUUGGAUACGCUAGGCGAGAACGAUUUCGUGAACUUGAUUACUUUUGCCGAAGAUGUCAAAACGCCGGUUCCCUGCUUUAAAGACCGCAUGGUGCGCGCCACACCAGACAAUAUACAGGAGAUCAAAUCCGCUGUAAAAGCGAUUAAGUUGGAAAAUACCGCCAAUUUUACAGCUGGUCUGGAGUAUGCUUUCAGCUUGUUGCACAAGUACAACCAAUCCGGCGAGGGCAGUCAAUGUAAUCAAGCCAUUAUGCUCAUCACGGAGAGCACUUCUGAGACGCAUAGCGACAUAAUCAAACAAUACAAUUGGCCACACAUGCCCGUGCGAAUUUUCACCUAUCUAAUCGGUUCCGAUUCGAGUAGUCGCAGCAAUCUGCAUGAAAUGGCCUGCUCUAAUAAAGGUUUCUUUGUACAAAUCAACGACAUGGAUGAUGCACGUAAGAAGGUUAUCGACUAUGCUCUGGUUAUGGCACGUCCCAUGAUUAUGUAUCAGGCCGAUCAUCCAGUACACUGGAGUCCAGUUUUUGUGGCCGGCAAGACGGGUGGCUUGGCACGCGAUUCUGACUACCAGCGCAGGCUGGUGACGACAGUUUCAACUCCGGUCUUCGAUAGACGAAACCAUUCGGUGCGUGUGGCAAAUUUACUCGGUGUUGUUGGCACCGAUGUGCCCAUCGAGGAGAUACGUAAGAUGAUACCGCAACAUAAACUGGGACCGAAUGGAUAUUCGUUUAUCGUUGAUAAUAAUGGACGUGUACUGUAUCAUCCAGAUUUGCGUCCAUUGAGUGAUGGUAAUCAAUAUAUUGAUCAGUUGCGGCCGCGGUACACGUCGGUCGACAUAACGGAGUUGGAACUGCCGGAAACCGAAGUGGGCAACGAGCAUGAAAUCGUCGAAAUGAAUAAGAAUCUCUUGUAUGAUAUGCGCAACGAUAUGCUCAUGCCCAAGGAGGGUGAAACCGAAUUUACGGUAUUCAAUCACUUUGACGAAAUGAAACGAGUAACGGCGCGUACACAAAGGUAUUUUUAUGGACCUAUUGAAGAUACGCCCUUUACCCUAGCUGUUGUACUCCCUGAAAAAUAUGGCAGCCAUGAAUUAGUCUCCCAGCAGGAAAUAAGGCACUCGCGCAGAAAUGUGACUGAGUUCUUCAAGGGAGAUAAUUGGCGCGUACAUCCCGACUGGGUGUAUUGUGAGUACAAUAGCGUUAGCGAUUUAGAGAAAGAGCGUGAAAGCUCUGGCGAAUAUCUCUCAGCCUCACGUGAACAAGAAUUAAGCUUCGGCUCACCAGAAGAGCAGGUCUUACAUUUCUUGGGACGUGCAGGUCGGCCAGGCUGGAAGUGGAUGUCGGUGCGCCCAAAACCACCGCAACCACACCAUGCCAUGCAUGGCGUGACACCUGUCGGCCAUUUUGCUCAGCAUCUAAAUAACGUGCAAGGUUCUCGCAAAGCCGAACCCUACUAUUGCGAUCGAACCUUGGUACAGAGUUUAGUGCGUGAUGCUAUGGUGACAGAUGGUCUCGAUCGAAAUUCAACUGCAACGUCCAAUGGAAAGGAGGAUAAACAACAAGGCUAUCAAAAGUUUUUGGUUGCAACAUCAUUUGUGGCCACACGUUCGGGUCUGUUGCGCUGGAUAGAUCACAUUAAGAGACCUGAGGACUCACCAGACCCUCACUUCAGCGAAGAUAAUGCACGUGCCAUGGACAUGUCUUGGUACAAGCGCGCCGUCGAUCAGCAUACCGUCGAACAAGAUAGCUUUGUCUAUAGUGUACCCUUCGCCAAUGGUUACGCACCCAAAUUGAAUACGACACUAGUAACAGCAUCGCAUGCUAUAUUCGUCGAACAUCGUGGCCAUAAAGCUAUAGCCGCAGUCGUGGGAUUACAGUUCCAGUUAGACUCAUUGGCGAAGCAUUUCAUAAAUAUAACCUCAACUUGCACCGGCAUGACAGGCUGUCGUCGCACAUGCGCCUCCGACGAUCUUGAUUGUUAUGUUUUGGAUAAUAACGGCUUUGUGAUCAUCUCUGAGCAGAGUGAACAAUCGGGCAAAUUUUUCGGUCAAAUCGAUGGCACCAUUAUGGACUCAUUGGUGCAGGAUCGCAUUUAUAAACGAGUCACAGUCAAUGAUUAUCAAGGAGUUUGCUCUGACUCGGACAAUCCCUAUACGGCUGCAAGCACUUCACUGCAACCACAUCGCGUCUCCGCUUGGAUAAUGAAAUAUUUGAUAACGUUGAGUGCCACUUGGUUAUCACUGUUACCAACACCGCUAAAUGCAUGGCCACAAGAUGAUUAUACCUACAAUGAAGAUGUCUUUGAGGAACCGACAUAUACCGACGAGUAUGAACCCUUCGAGGAUUAUAAUGCACAGAUCGAUGAGGAAAUGGAUGAAUUCUUCACCACCGCCGAUGUGGAAUACACAACACCUCCGCCAAAGCAACAUAAACCACACACCGGACCACGCUCCUCUCCAGACCCACAACAUGCACGCCGCUGUGACCUGCGUACAGAUCUAUAUAUGCUGCAACCAGAGCGUCUCAAUCAAGGCGGUCAGAACAAUCCACUUAAGGGCAAGCUGACAAAUUGCCAUGUGUCGGGUUGUGAACGCCCCUUCAGCGUACAGAAAAUACCGCACAGUAAUUUGAUAUUAUUAGUCGUGGAUACAUUAUGUCCUUGCGGCUCGAAACAAUUGGAUAUCGAACCGCUUGAGGAGUCUGGUACUAUUGGAGCCUGCAGCGCGCGUCGCCAAUCGCAGGAGAGCGCAAAGCGUCGACGACCCAAAAAAUGCAUCAACUAUCAUCCCGAGGAAAUUGAAAUACAACAAUGUGGGCGUGGCACAGCACUACUGCAAGCGCCCGUCGCGCUUGUUAUGGCGCAUCUGCUGAUGUUGGCGGUGACAUUCGCGCUGACAAAUGCGUGAUACUAAGUACUCGAAAAUGUAUGGAAAAUGCAAUUGAAAAUUUUUGAAGUAAAGCAAGGCAACACAAAUUCCUACCGAUCCGUUUUUAAAGCAAAAAACAAAAUACCAAAUAGUGAUAAAAAUAGUUUUCAUAUUUUCUUCGCAAUUCAUACAACAAUUUCCAAAUCAAUAGUGAAAAUAUAAAAAAAAUAAAAUUUUAUUAAAUUGUAAAUUAUAAAAAAAUAUUUAUUUAUAUAUUAAAAGUGUUCGUUAUUAAAAGUGAAUAUUUUUUUAUACUUUAAAAUUAAAAUUAAAUAAAAAUUAAUUAAUUUUUUUAAUAAAAAUUUUAAUAAAAAAUUAUUAAUUUUUAUAAUACAAAUUUUUUAUUAAUUUUUAUAAAGACAAAAAUUGUUAUAAUUUUUAUGGUAAAUAUAAUUAUUAAUUUUUACAAUAAAAAAAUAUUAUUAUUUUUUUUAUAAAACAAUAAUCAAAUUUUAUAUUAAAACAAAUUUUGAAUUUUUUGAAUUAAUUAAAAAAAAAAAUUAUUAAAUUAUUUUUGCAAGUCAAGUCAUUUUGUUGUUAUCAUUUCCUUGCACCAACUACAAAAGCGCACAAAUACUCGUAUUCACUGCAGUGUUAAAGUUCACUUUUAAAUAAUUUUUUUGCAAAUAUGCUUAACUGACAACAUGAAAAAUACUAAUAUUUAAGCAUAAAUAAUCUAAACGACACCACAGUAACAAAAUUACAUAUGAAAAACGAUUCAAGCAAAGUUAAAUGAAAAGACUUAAUGCAAUUAUUGAGCGUCAUAUCAGUUUAAACAUAUACUAUAUAUAUAAAUGUGUAUAUGUACUAUGUAUGCAAAUAUUGAAAAUAUUGAUGAUACUUAUACAAUAUUGACAAUUUAUGCCACACAAAAACAAAAAUAACAACAACUGUUGCAGCAAAACACACAAAAAUGUAAUACCAAUAAACCCGUUGAGAAGUUUAUUAAAGCAGAAAAUGAACAAAAUAACGGUACAGCAAUAUCAAACGAAUUAUACUGAACACUACUCAAAUGAUGUGAGAUAACAGUUGUAGCAUUUUUGUUGGUAUUUUUACUGAAUCGAUUUAUUUUAUAUAAAACUUUAUACAAAACGAAAAGCGGAGGAGAGCAAUGUGCAAACCAAAAAAAAAAUAUUACAAAACCAAUAAUAAGAAAAAUUCCAAUAGCAAAAAUAAAAUUAUUAAUAACUAAAAAAAUUAAUAAAAACAAAAAAAAAUAUUAUUAAUUAAAAAAUUAUUAAUAAUAAUAAUAAAAUAAACAAUAAUAAUAAAAAUUAAUAAUAAUUAAUAAAAAAUUAGACUUACAUAAAAAAAUUAAAAAAAAACCAAAAUUAGUGCUGCAGCAACAAAAAAAAAAAACACAAAAAAAGCUGCUUAAAAUUAAAAAAAAAUACUUUUGACUGCAAUUGCAAUUGGCAAAAAUAUCAAAAAUUUAACUGAAAUAAAAACUACAAUAACAACAAAGCAAAAAAAAAACGAAUUCAACAAUGGUUUAGCGUAAUAAUAAAAUAUUGAACAUAUCGUCUACUUCAUAAUCAAAUUGUUUUUUAUUGUAAGUUUACUGCGAAAAUUUACUUUACUUUACAUUUACAUUGUUGUAAUUCGUUUUUGUUUGUGUUUUAUACUUUAAAAUUUACAAACUAAUACAAAUGCAUAUAAGUCAAAAAAAAAGAAAACGAGUAUAAGUGUGGGGUUUGGGGAUAAAUUAAGAAAAUAGAAAAAACCAAAAACGAAACGAAAACUAUUAAAAAAGUUUGCAAUGCAGCGUUGGGGCGUUAAAAAAAUUCACACACAUACACACACAAAAACAUUUUCUGUGUCUUAAACUUGUAUAAAAGAAUGUCUUCCAUUAAUUAAUACUAAACCAAAAAGUAAUGAAUAAUACUAACAACAACAAAAGCAUAAGAAAUUUAUUAAUUAACUAUUAAAUAUUAAAAUAAAAUACAAAAAACAACAACAACAUAUGCAUACAUGCUUAUUAAGUGAGCACACACACAUACAUACAUACACAAUCAAACACACAUUUGCAUGCGUACACCUGCAUACUUACUACUACAACUAGUAAAUAAUUAAAUAUAAUAGAACAAAAAAAAUGAAAAAUUAUUACAAAAUAAUACAAUUAUGGUUAUUAUGUAAGAAAGUUUUUUGAAUGUAUUGUACGAGUGUGCGUGUGAAACUCAACUACAACAAACAAUUGAUGUGAGCAAGAACAACAUUGUUAAAGGUUUACCAGCAUUGAUGUUUGAGAAGUUUGUAGGCUGAAAUUGUUUUUGAUGUGUCUUGACAUUUAGUUGAAGUCUCUGUUACACAUAGCAACCUCUGAAAACUCUCUAUCUGUGGUGAAACGAACAAGCAAACAGGUAUAAAUGCAAAAUACUGGCAUAAGCAGAGAGAGCGAGAUAGAGAGAGAAAAAGGCAGAAUAGCAACCAUAUAUAACACUCUGCGAGCUUUUAACACACUCUCUUGUUGCUUUAAAAUUUUAUGUUUUUGAGCAGAGAAACGAGCUAGUGCUAAGCCCAGUGAAAUGGCGAAACGAAAACGGCAAUAUCAAAGCAAUUUUGUUAGACCGCCCAAGUGUUUUGUUUGUAUCACUUAUUAAAAUUAUUUAUCGAAUGAACAUUAACAUCUUUAGUGCAAAUAAUUCAAAUUUUAAGAACCUAUUUCUUUUUUAAAUGAAUUUCACGAACCUGAAUUCGAUAAAGCAUUGCAGUGAACCUCGAGAACCUCGGCACUAUUAUAGGUGUGCUCACUGGCCACUGUCCGAUAGGUGCGGUGACGCUAGGGAUCCUGACAGAUGCAUGCUCCAAUGCCUCACAUUUGCUUAACUGAGGUUGAAGAAAUUUGUAAUGGAUUCCAAGUGCUUUGCCGAAUCGUGAGGGUCUUUCUGAUCCAUUAUGAGACAUUAUGGACUUAAUUUUGAGAGCUCUCUACUACUUUUGUUGAGACCAAACGUGUUUCUAAGUUUAGCUGUGGAUCAUCGGACUCACGUUGUCAAGAAAAUGUAGACGUCGGAGAAGAGAUUAUAAUUAUAUAUAUUUCAAUCAAUAAUUUCUUUAAGAUUCACUAAUAGGAUACUGCAAAGUCUAUUUAAAAAUUAUUGAGCUGUCGCAGAAAUAGUACAGAUUACUCAAGAUUUUAAAAAGGCGAUAAGAACAAGUGAGAAACCCCUAAGUUAUAAAGAGAAGAACUAGAAUACAUCAAAUGUCUAUUAUAAAUCACUGUUACCGAGAGACACAAAUUAAAGUAUAUGUCAAAAGUAUGUGACUCAUAAGGCUCGGAAAUUACAAGUACAUGACCUUAAAUUAAAAGAACAACAUCAAUUACAAUAAUUCAUUUUCACUACUUAAACUAAAAGAUCUCAUUCAAGCUUUCGCAGAAUAUAUAAUUUAAUGUCUACUUUAUUUGACUAAUACCUAAGGCAGAAUUCUGCAAUGGGAAGGACUCAAUUUUGAGAGCUCUCUACUACUUUUGUUGAGACCAAAGGUGCUUCUAAGUUUAGCUAUGACUUCUUGGUCUCACGUUGUCGAGCGAAUGUAGACGUCGGAGUAGAGAUUAUAAUUAUAUAAGGUCUACACCUCCGCCGUUUGUAAAUUUAAGGCUUUUUUUCACUUUUACUCUAAACUCUUUCGGAUUGGAAAAUAUACGAAAUGGUAUUUCUAUAUACUUAAUUUUAAUAAACCAACGAUAUUGUCAUGAGAAUAUUACAGAGACUUUUAGGAAAGUAAUUUAGUUUCAGUACAACGGGCUUAUUCCAGAAUAGACAGCUUCCUGUUUACUCAAACACGAGAGAAAUUUUUAUAAUUUAUUUGUUUCAAUCUCAUAAAAUACGAUUUUUUUUAAGUAAAUUUGGUUUCAAUAUAAAUUCGAGUAUAGAUCUGAUUGUUAACUAAAAACCUGCUAAAUGUCAGACACUUCGAAAUAUGUAUGAUAGCGUAAUUGCAUUCAAAAUAUUAGUAUGAUGUUUGUUACAGGAUUUUACGCUGCUUGAGCAAUUGUAAAAGGCAAAUGGUUGAAUUUAAUUGCGAGUAAAUAACCUAAAUAACUGUAAACUUAAGUGCAUGAGUCCGAAUUGUGUAGAAUUAAUGAUUUAAUGAACAUUUUGAGAGAGAGAGAGAGAGAGAGAGCGUGUGCAAAUUGUUCUGAGCGUAAGUAAUGGAAAUGUAUGCAUUUAUGAGUAAUCAUUACAUUUGAAUUGUAAUUGAAAUGUUUGUGUGUCUGGCAUGCGAGUGCGUAAGUUGAGCAAAUUUGUUAUUAAGGUAUUUAUAUGUAAUUUUCAUUGAAAAAAUUUACCUGGUAACACUAGACAUAAGCACAUACAUACAAUACAUAACUAUAUACGCGCAUACAUUACAUAUAAAUGUGUAAAUUGAAAUACUUACUUAUAAUGAAGACAGGAAUAAUGCUAGCAUAAAUAACGGACAUAUAUAACUGAUGAAUUAAUUAUAUGAGUGUUAAGUAAUGCAUUAAAUGAAAAUGAAAAUGAAAACGAAAAUGUACCGAAAAGCAGUUGAUGAAUUGCUGGCAGAAGCAUAAACCAUAGUUAUGAGAUUUAUGUAAGAUAAAUUUUGCAAAGUUGUUUGCAAAACAAAAAAAAAUGUUUUUGAAAGAUUUUGCGCAAUUGUUUGAUAGUUGUUUUUAUUGAAACGAACUAAACAAAUAUGUAAAACAAAAACAAAUUGAAUAAUGCAAUUUUUUGAAACUAAACUAGAGAAUAUACUUCAAACCUAACUUAAACAUGCAUAUUAUAUACAAAAGACACAUUUCCACGAGUUUCAUGACGAACACACAUACAGACACACACACACAUAGAUUUCUAUGACAUUAGCGUACUCUUAGAUUAAAAAGGAAACGAAACAAAAAAAAGAACAACAAACACUCUGCUCUCAACUAAAGUAAAUUUUUAAGCUUCAUCUACUAAAACAAAAAAAAUAUACAAAAAAACAAAAAAUACAUAUAAUAAAAUAAUAAACAUUUAUAAAGUCUUUCCAUUAUUAUUCGUAUAUUUUGCUGCUACAAAACGAAAAUGUAAAAAAUAUUUAUAAAUAACGAAAAAUCUAGCAAAAAAUUGUGAAAUCCAAGAAUUCAUUACCAAACUCGAAUUUGCUAAUCUGCAUGUAGUAAAUUAAUCAAUUAUAAGAAACGCUCAAACGCAAACUGAAAACACAUUAAAAACACACACACACAAAAAUGCAUUUCCAUGCAACACUUUGUUUUAUAGAAAUUAUUAUUAUUAUUAUUAUAUAAAGUAAUAUUAAAAUCAAUAAAUUACACUAUACUCUCACGCAGUUGUUUAAGAAAGUGUGUAUUUUAUUUUUAUUAAAAGUAAGACAGUUUAGGAUUUUCAAAAAUCUGGUAUUUUUAGCUGAAAGUAUAUCUUAGGGUUCUAAUGGCACUACUUUUCUUUAGGGUUCAAUAUUUUGCAAUUUUUGCGGAUUUCUCUAGAAACUGUAUUUUUAAAUUCACUUGGAGACUAUAUUCACAUAUUUUAGUAAACCAUCCAUAGAUUUUUCGCUAUAAACAUUUUAAACCCAUAAAAAGAGCCAUUCUGAAGUAAAUUAAGAUUAGGCGUGUUUUAUUUGACCACCACAAGCUAAUAGCUAAAUCAUGGACAAAUAAAACGCAUUUAGCUUAUUUCAUAUAUUCGCUUAAAAAUGAAUUGUGUUGGCAAUGCGGGCCCGAACUCUCAGCUGGAAUGUAAUAUAUUUGAAAAAAAAGUUGAAUUUAUAAAUCAAAUUUCCUUUUGUUUACCGCUUUUCUAUAAUAUUCUGAGCUUUUAAAGAAUCUACAAUCAUUAUUAGAUCCGGGAUGGUCUAAAUAAAUAUGGAUAAAGUUCGAUAGAAUUUAAAAUUUUGGUUUGUUUACAUUUUUAUCUGUCAAAAUGGGGUUUCUCGCUAUUGCCAACUACAUUUUUUUGGAAAAAACCCAACUCUUGUGAAUGAAAAAAAAAAAACGAUGAACUGGCAAUGCCUCUAGUUCAAUAUACAAGCUAUGAUAGCUUAUGACAAGCCAACAUAAUUAUGUUGGCUAAGUCUUCCAUACAAAAUAAGCUAAUAGCUUAAUUUGCUGAUCAAAUAAAACACGCCUAUUAUUUCUAGUUUUAUUUUGUUUAAGGCAACACAAGUUCCUAAAAUAACCGUCGCCCGGAGAUACACUCUCAAAAGAAGUGAUUCCGAAAAUUGCCCACUUUGCGAUUGACUACUAUUUAUGUUCAGAAUAAAUUGCUAAAAAUAUAUAUUUUUUGAGAGCUUCGGACUGGUUCAAAAUGAAACCCUGGAAUCUGGUAAUGGCUCUAAUUAGAGUACGUGAAAUCCUUCCGAAAUUGUUCGAAACAACAGCAGAUAUUCUGAAAAUAAUAUUGAGGAGACGAAGAAUAUCCCACUCAGGUCAAGACUGCGGAAUAAUUAGCUCGAAAACAAAAGUCCUCAAUUGAGUCAUUUCGACAGUCUUUGAACAACGAGUGUUUUUGGUUUACCUCAGUACCACCUAUGAAGGCAUAUAGAUCACGUGUGUUCAAGAACAUAACGUAUCAAUAAGAUGAGUUGAUCAGCGCUCUGAAUUUGCUAGACACUUUCAGUACCAAAUAGCUAACCACCUUGGUAGAGUUCGAUGCCCAUCUAAAACAAUGCAAUGCUUCUCCACUUUGAGUGACCGAAGUCACUCUGCCUGUAUUUAGUUUUCAACCACAGCCACCAUGGAACUCCCCGAAGUGCUAACCCACUGAGCAGAUUAAAAACUUGGCUCCUGCUCCCUGUGGUACCAGGUUAAAGUCUCAGGCGAGACUUUGUAGCCGAAAAUACUACCAUUUGAGUUUCCCUACAACUCUGCACUGGUAGUACUUUGAACACAUUUGUCCUUUGUAAUAGGAAGAUCAUUCAAAGGAAGAGUGCAAUAUCAAAAAGGUAAUACAAUUUCUAGAUCAAGCUAAGAGAAUAUAUUAUGGCAGGUAUAGAUAACAGAUUAAUGUGCAUGUUUUUGAUUUUAGUCGUCUCUUACGAUAGGCAUACCUUACGCGGGGUUAUUCUGACAGUCUUUAGAUAGUACGAAAGUUUCGAAAAGUAAAUCGGAAUGUUUUAAUGUAUUCUUGUAUGGCAAAACAUUAUUCCAGAUCUGUUGUUGUGAUACCGAGAGUUCUAAAGAGCAGUAUGUGGGAAUCCUAUUAGACUACCCUAAACGGUAUAUAACCUGUUAACUCGAUAGGGUUCAAUACCUUUCUGUUUUUGCAUUUAUUGGGAACUUUUAGUGUCGAGAUCUUCAACAGAAUAAACAAAAGAAACUACAGAAAACAAUUAGAAAAAAUUUGUACGAUAUUUUCCACGUAUUCUAGUUCCAAUAGCAUUUAAAUAAUCCUAAAGAUUGAAUUAACACAUUUCGUUAAGAUUCUAAGGACAAACUUCACGAAGUUUAUUAAAACAACUUCUCCCUAUAAUAAUAAUUUGGGGUGAUCCCAGUUGCUGAGGCAAUAACUUGGAUAAUUAAAUAGUUCAGCACUUCGUUCUAUUUUUCAAAAAGUACUGGUAUCUCGGUAUUCGUACGCAAUGGAAUUAGUUAAGUACGCAUUUAGCAUAGAAAAAAAAUGAAUUAUUAUUCAAAUAAGAUAUGUGUUUUCGAAGCAGGGAAGAAAUAAUUUAUCGAGUAGUCCACUAAUAGUUCAAUGAAUCUUGUUACAGCGACUUUCAUGUUUUAUUUUACAGAUUUUAGACCAGUUCUACUAUUAUGAAUAGCUCGAAACACUAUUACUUUUGAAAAUUUAAUAAAUGAGAUUUUUUCAAUAAUUUUAAAAACUUUAGACUUGAGAUAAAGUUAUAAUUCGAGGACACUGUUGGAGUUUGUGUGUAGUCUUUCUUGCAAGCGUUUUGAUUUCCUUUUGAAAGUAAAUUUUCCAUCAACUAUUGAAUUUGAAAUGCAGGAAAUGCAUUUAACCAUUUUGCUUUCUCCUCAAUUUCAUCACAAAAAAAAAAAAAAACAUUUACAAUAACUUGAAAACUAACGAAUUUAGUUCACUAAAACUUUAGAAUAAAUAUAAACUUAUAAUAAAAUAAUUUUAUUUGAAAAAAAAAUAUAUAAAGUUGUGCUAAUUCGACUAAAGAAAAUAUCAAUAAAAUUAAAAAUUGUGGAUAAAACAACUAAUCUAAAAUACAAAAAAUUGUGAAAAAUUUUAUGGAUAUUUAAAAAUUCAGCAAAGCUAAAUUGUACAAAACAAAAAAGUUUGAAAUAUAAUUAACAAAAAAAUCGUAAUUUUCAUUAGGUCUCUUGAGCUAACGUAAAUCUUCACAGAAAUUGAAAAAAAAAAUUAAUAACCUGAUAUAUAAAUGUACGCAAAGUAUAUAGAAAAUGCAUGCAGUUAAUCGCCUACCAAUAUGAGGUAAUACAUAAAAAUAUACUGUAAAUUUAUUUAUUACAUUACAUUUUUUACAAAACACGUACCCACAAUUCUAAAAUGAAAAACCCACAAUUCUAAAAGUAACACACACAUCCACACAUGAACAGAACUGUAUACACACUACAAAAUUUUUGAAUAUUAAACUCACUUACUAAAUAAUUAUAAACUCCGUAAGAAAGUGUAAUUCAAAGCAAUGCAAUUACAAAAA